GGCUGAUUACGCGACACGCCUGCCUGGGGAAGCUACCACGGGUACCUACCUGCAAGCGCUAGCCUCGCCCCAAUAUUUUGUACCGUUGCCAAAAGCUUAAGGUUUCCGGUUUAGAAGCUCCAGAUUUCAACAUUUCAGCAUUUCAGAAUUACAAACACCAAAUUCACCCACCGGCAAACAUAGUAAAUCGACUAUCCCAAUAAUUGAAAGGCACCUUACACAGAUUAAAAACACGCUUCCUUCAAGCUUAGCGAAGCAUUUCUAGCACCUCCUUACGUUUCUCCCUCAACGCCGCAUUCACAUACCCACCCAUCCACCAUGUCGAGCACCCAGGGUGUGGAGGGUCUCGAGCGCCGCGGAUCCGACGACGGUAAGGACAAUAAGGACGGACGAGGCGACGAUGGACCGAAGGAUGGCAACAGCAACGUUAACCGCGAUGGUGAUGCCGUGAUGAAGGAUGCCGAGCCCGAAGAGGACGAGAUUCUGGACGAGGAAACCCUGGGUCUCACCACAGAAGAUCUAAAGACGCGAAAACGCCUGCUGGAAAACGAUGCUAGAAUUAUGAAGAGCGAGUUCCAACGGUUAUCGCACGAGAAGGCGAGCAUGGGUGAGAGGAUCAAGGAAAACAACGAAAAAAUCGCAAACAAUCGUCAAUUGCCUUAUCUUGUCGGUAAUGUCGUUGAGCUUCUCGAUCUUGAUCCUACCGCCGAAUCAUCGGAAGAAGGCGCCAACAUCGAUCUCGAUGCCACUAGGGUGGGCAAGUCCGCCGUCAUCAAAACGUCUACCAGACAAACCAUCUUCCUACCCUUGAUCGGCCUCGUCGACCCGGAAACCCUCAAGCCGGGUGAUCUUAUAGGUGUCAACAAGGACUCCUACCUGAUCCUUGAUACCUUACCUGCUGAAUAUGAUAGCCGGGUUAAGGCUAUGGAGGUUGACGAGAAGCCUACAGAGAAGUACAGCGAUGUUGGUGGCUUGGAUAAGCAAAUAGAGGAACUUGUCGAGGCGAUUGUCUGGCCUAUGAAGGAGGCUGAUCGGUUCAAGAAGAUAGGCAUUAAAGCGCCCAAGGGUGCCCUGAUGUAUGGACCUCCAGGAACCGGCAAAACUCUCUUAGCUCGAGCCUGCGCCGCCCAAACUGACGCCACGUUCCUCAAAUUAGCAGGGCCGCAGUUAGUUCAGAUGUUCAUCGGAGACGGUGCUAAGCUAGUUCGAGACUGUUUCGCAUUGGCCAAGGAGAAGGCCCCUGCUAUCAUCUUCAUCGACGAGCUGGAUGCCGUUGGCACCAAGCGUUUCGACAGCGAGAAGAGUGGUGACAGGGAAGUUCAACGAACUAUGCUUGAAUUACUAAACCAGCUCGAUGGUUUUGCGUCGGAUGAUCGUAUCAAGGUGUUGGCUGCCACAAACCGUGUCGAUGUCCUCGACCCGGCUCUGCUACGAUCAGGUCGUCUAGACCGAAAGAUCGAAUUCCCGCUACCUAACGAGGAAGCAAGAGCUCAGAUUCUUAAGAUUCACUCGCGCAAGAUGAAGGUGGAUGCUAGUGUCAACUGGGGCGAACUGGCUCGGAGUACGGAUGAGUUCGGCGGUGCCAUGUUGAAGGCGGUCUGUGUCGAAGCCGGUAUGAUUGCCCUGAGAAUGGGCAAGAAUAAGAUUAGCCACGAGCACUACGUGGACGCCAUCGCGGAGGUGCAAGCCAAGAAGAAGGAUACGGUCAAUUUCUACGCAUAAGUUUCCUAGGUGGAGCGAGAGGCAGGCAUGGUAUAGAAAUUGCCUUGGCAGACUAGAGGAAAUAUGUAUUAUAAUUUGACGCGCCUCAUCGAAUCGAGAUGGUCCGCCCACUCCUACCAUAUUUCCCGUCUUCACGUCCUCAACUUGAGUGUGCUGCUGGAGCUGUCAAAUUCCUAAUCGAUUCUUGUAGCAACGCGCUUGUAGCACUUUCUGCACCCUGGCUACCUGCCGACCUACCCGUACGUACUAGUAGGCGGAUAUGUCUACCGCUCCGGACAACCUUUACAACAUAGAUAGUCUCGGUAGGACCGAUUAUGCUACCUAGUACAAACAAGAAUAAGUGAGGACCGUCUAUCCAAGUUGAAUCUACAGUAACUAGGUACAAUUGUUCAGUACAAUUUGAACCCUUAUAGUAAUCGAUCGCGAAAAACAGGUAUCUGAUUCAGUGGUAUGUUGCAAGACUUAUCAUCGAUGACAACAUCACAAGGCUGUGCAAAUUCAAAGGCUCUUGGCGAUUCAUCGUCAACAUAACCAUUGAUCGUUAAUCAUUGGUCGUUCUUGGUAAAUUAUCAUGUUUCGUUUAGUCGGUUAGUAUAUUUAGCGUCCUGAUGUUGACCUGAC